AUGUCUCACCUUGAAGUGCUUGAUAUUAUCAUCCUUAUUCUGGAAGGGUUGUUGGGCAUCGUUACAAUAUGCGAAUCGGGAUACAAGAUCUAUAAAGAGUACAAGUCUUACAUGGAGGACAGAAAGAAGAGAAUGAAGAAUAAGAUGAUGCGGGAUUGGGAUGGUCCGGACGAGAAUGAUAUGGAGAUGGGCUGGGGAGCAAACUCCUCCUAG